GAAGGAAAGGAUCACACUCGCUUUCUCGAUUACCUGAAAUUGCGCGAACCACCACUCGCGUUAGGCGCUAAAGGAAGUUCGUCAUUACUAGAUGAUUGAUGCACUCAAUUAUGUCAAAUCUGGCUACGCUGGUAGCAGUUCAAACGCCAACGGCGAUGGCAGCGAACGAUGGGCUACUUUGUAUGUCUCGAGUUUUAAACAAAAUCAAUUAAUAGUCGUAUUGCUAGAUUGGUAUUACAACUGAAUGUGUCGGAUUCAGAGAAAACAGGAAUAAUCGUGAAUGUUUCGGAUUCUGUAAAAUAACGCAUUGACAACAUGGAGGUGCUGGAUCCUAGUGUCUCGAGAGAUGACCAACCUCUGUGCAUCAACGAUCACCUGGAAAAAGUUACCGUGCCAGAUAAACCAUCAGAUACAAAGUCAUGCCUAAAAGCAAGGUAUACAUUAGGUUUUUUAGGAUUUCUAGGUUUCGCUCUUGUCUAUGCUAUGAGAGUAAAUUUAUCCGUGGCUAUUAUUUCAAUGGUUAAUCAAACAGCAGAGAUACAUCAUGAUGAUGACACUACCGAUGUUUGUAAUAAUACAAAAUCUAGUAAUGGAAUAUUUAUACCAAAAGCUGGAAAAUUCGAUUGGGAUGAAAAGACACAAGGUCUUAUAUUGGGUGCCUUUUUCCUUGGCUAUGUGGUUACAAAUGUCCCAGGUGGUAGAAUGGCAGAAAAAUUUGGUGGAAAGCUAAUAUAUGGAUUAGGGGUGUUUUUUACUGCUGUACUAACUGUAAUUAGCCCUUUUGCCGCGUAUGCAGGAUUAGUACCGUUUUUAAUUGUGCGAGUAGCAGAAGGAGUAACUGAGGGUGUUACAUUCCCUGCAAUGCAUAGUAUGCUAGCACACUGGAUACCUCCUUUGGAGAGAAAUAAAUUCGCUGCUGUAGUGUAUGCAGGCAUAAAUUUUGGAACUGUUAUAUCCUUACCAGUAAGCGGGUGGUUAUGUUCAUUUGAACUUUGGGAUGGAUGGCCUCUUGCAUUUUAUUUAUUUGGAAGCCUUGGCAUAGUAUGGUAUGCAUUUUGGUUAAUUUUUGUAUUCGAUACGCCUGCGCAACAUCCAAAAAUUGACCCUCUUGAAAGAGCAUAUAUCGAAGCUACUGUGGAAAAGAAAGAUGAGGACUACGAUUUAGAUGUUCCUUGGUUAUCAGUAUUUACAUCCUUACCCAUGUGGGCUAUAACAAUAACGCAAUGUGGACAGUCAUGGGCAUUUUAUACUCUUUUGACAGAAUUGCCAACGUAUAUGGAAAAAAUCUUGCAUUUCAAUAUGCAACAGUAUGCAUUUCUUUCAGCAUUGCCUUAUUUAACUUCUUGGUUAGUCGGACUCGGUAUAUCAAGCUUCGCAGAUGCCCUCCUUGUCCGUCAGUUACUAUCUCCUUUGGCAUCAUUUAAGUUAUGGAAUACAGUGGGUUCAUUAGGACCCAGUCUCAGUUUUCUUGGUGCUAUAUGGGCUGGAUGCGAUUCUACAGCUGUAAUGAUAAUGCUUGCUGGCUUAGGGUCUCUGCAGGGCGCAGUUUACGCCGGGAACCAAAUGAAUCAUAUUGCUUUAGCACCGCGUUAUGCAGGAACACUUUAUGGCCUUUCGAAUACAGCAGCAAAUACUUGCGGAUUUUUAGCACCGUAUAUAAUUGGAAAAUUAGUUCAGGGACAUGAAACGUUAGCACGUUGGCAUACAGUCUUUUGGUUGGCAGCAGGAAUAAACAUGACGACCAAUUGCUUUUACUUGAUCUUCGCAUCUGCUACAGAACAACCAUGGAGUAAAGGUAGUUGAUGACAAAGCUUUAUUGGACACGAAACAUUUAAUAUAGAAAACAAUUUAUCGUUAGACCGCAUUGCGGUUAGUUCAUUUUAGUUACUAAUUAUUAUGUAAUAAUUUCUGUCAGCUAGGCACAAAUUUUUUCUUUCAAUUCCAAGUUUAUUACAAUAUUAAUUUUACGUAAAUGAACAAGCUACACCUUGGUACAAUUUAUUAUAUUGAUUUGCUAAAAUAACACCAAAUUAGGAAUUAAAUGACAAAUUUUCAUACGCGAGUAUUUGUUAUAAUAUUAGCUAAAUAUUAAAUGUACUUUGUAUAUGACAUUCCAAUGAAACCAUUCACAUGACAAUAUAACUUUUGAUAAUGAUGUUUGAUUUUUGGUAUUUAAAUUAAUUUUUUAAUAAUUAGUUCGAAAGAAAAUUAAUGUUAUAUUAA